GCGGUCUCGCGAAUUCAGCGCAUGAAUAUUAUCUCUAGCAUGCCACUUCGGAAGUAGGUCACCGUUUUACCAUGUAUCAGCUCUAUUGGGUGCUCGUUUUAUUUCUCAAUUACACGUCGACACUGUUCAUCAUUUAUAAAAGGUGUAAUUUGAAUUAAGAGUGGACUCAAAUCGACCAUCUAUCGGGACCUAAGGGUCUGUGUGAAGGGAUGUGAUGACCCAUGCACAACAGAAGGACUCUCUGAGCAGAUACCACCCCGGUGACUCCUGGGAGCAGGUAGGGGGGCUGCCACAUGCUGAGGCCAUGGUGGGGGUAGGCCGGCCUGAUUGCCCAAAACUAAAAAGAGGGAGGCCCAAGAAGAUCAAGAGGGGCCAAGCGAAAGAGCGCAAGGAUCAGAGAGUGGUGGAGAAGAAGGAGGAGGAGAAGGACAGGAAGCUGUACCCUCUCAGGGCCAGGACACUGGAUCUAUGUGAGGGGGACACCCUCGACUGUCGCGUCCUUCUCACCCGUCUGGAGGAGAGCAGUGAUGAGGACAAGGCGAGCUGCUUGAAGGGUCGAAUCGAGACCAAAGAAGAAGGGAGCCGUAACCUGGUGCGUGGAAGAACCAAGCCCUGCAAUUCUAGACAAAAUACCUUCAAAGCUUAUCGGCAAUUGCAGGAACCAAACAAACAAUCAAAAGUGUUAUGCACAUUACCUGUCGUGGAGCCUCGCAAACGGAGAAUGGCCUCUCUCAAUGCGGAGGCUGUGAAUAGUCUGCUCUUAUACAGAGAAUAUCGUCAACGGACCAGACUCACAAAUAAUCUGGCAAAAGAUUUAGUAAUUUUGGGACACAACACCCCAAGGGGUCCCAAAGUGGCAAAGUCGGACAUUUAUGUAACUGGAAGUUCCAAACAAAACAAAAAGUCUAUGAAGAUGGAGGACGUGGAUCUGCUGAGUCUGUACGGUCCCACCCCCAGGCGUCAAGCCAGCCUCAACGCCACUGCUUUGCUCAAGAUCACCAGCACCUCCUUCAAAGCCAAACACCGGGUGGCCAAGACCAACUGCAUGCAACUGAGUGCAGUACUGAAGACCAAACAGUCGCUGCACCCCAAGCUAAAGAAACAGCAGCAUCAUAAACUCCAACACUGGCAAUCCCAGACCCAACCACAGCUGGUUCAAAGAUGCUGUAACCUCUAUAAGAGGGAGUCAUUCCACCCCGAACCCCAGUGGGAGGGGAUUACAGGGGGGAACGGCUCCAUCAGAUCUGGCUUCCAGUGUCGAGCCUUGCUGGGCUACCCGAUGAAGUCUGUGAAGGAGGAGCAGGUCGAUACCCAGGUGACUCCUUCUUUCUACUGCUGCUCCCAAGAAAGGUCAGUGGAGUACUGCCACCGACUGGCCCAGUUCCUCAACCAGAAGAGCUUCGAUGAUGACAAACUUGAGGAUCGUUCGCUCUCCAAGUGCUACCUCCCCUCUCCCCGUUCCCUGGCCCACCCACAUGCCCUAACCAUAGGCCCCCACCAUUACCCGUGUUACUCGGGCUACUAUGUCCACGUUGCCCACCAUGAAACCCCCUCUACCCACAUGACCUCCGUGAGCUCCAGCCCCAUGCCCUACCCGCCCUCCUCUGUGGCCCCCAUAACGUUGUGCCCUGGUGAGGUCCAGAACCCCAAGCUGCUCUCCCCGACAGACUCUCACCCCUCAGGAAUCGCCCACCCGGUCUACUGCUAUGGAGAACCCUGCCAAAUCAGUGGCUACGCAUAUAGAGCAGUACCGACCCUAGCCAGCAAGAGGUGCUGUUAUAACGCAGGCUGUUCCAGCUGCAGCCACAAGAUUAAAAUGGAAGACUACUCCUCGUCUCUGGAGGACCAUAGCUCCUCCUCUGUCCCAGCCUCCCCCGCACCCCGGACCCUCUCCGGCUGCCCCGCCAGCCCCAGCACUCCCCCAGCUGCCCAAUCAGUGGCCUGCUUUCAGACCUCUCUAUCAAACCCCAGGCAACCGCAGGUCCCGCUGCAGGUGGCCCGGGAGUGCCCUCAGAGUGCCAAGCCACCCAGCGGCUCUCUGUCUGGGGUGAGCGACGACUCGCCAUCCGUCUGCCCCCACAUUCAAGACAAGCAGCAGCUUGGGCCCGCCGGCCGCGCAGCCAGCAGAGCUGCCAAACAGCAGAGGAUCACCCGUCGUCGGGCAACCAAUGGCUGGCUGCCUGUGGGCAUGCCCUUCAAGAGGGAGGUUUUCACUGUGGGGGAGGAGACAACAGUAUUGCGCAAAUGUUUCGAAGGGGUCAAGCGGGAUGGGGAGGUCAUUCGGGUUCGAGACACAGUCCUGCUGCGCUCUGGCCCCAGGAAGAAGUCUCUGCCCUAUAUAGCCAAAAUCUCAGCCCUGUGGGAGGACUCAGAAUCUGGAGAGAUGAUGAUGAGCCUGUUUUGGUACUACCGCCCAGAACACACACAGGGAGGCCGCAAUCCCAGCACACACUGUGAGAAUGAGAUUUUUGCAUCUCGGCAUCAGGACCAGAACAGUGUGGCCUGCAUUGAAGACAAGUGCUACGUUUUGACGUUAGCACAGUACUGUAGAUUUUGUGCCUUGGUGAAACGUCGCGGGGAGGGUCUCCCUGAAAGUGCCACCAGAAUGGUGCCGCCUUGUGUUGAAAACAGCACCCCUGCCCACCGUUGUGUGCCCACGGACAUCGACCCCAACCUGGUGUUUGUUUGUCGCCACGUCUACGACUUCCGCUACGGGCGCAUCCUGAAGAACCUGCAGUAGUGGUGGAACUAAGGAAUCUUAAACAGUGAAAGAAGAGGCUAAAAAGACACGAUUUUUGUGCUUUCCUCAGAAUCCUCACCAAAAGAGCCAGCUGAGACAGACCAAGCCACUCCGUUUUGAGAGGGGUCAACAGUUUUAGGCUGAAUAAGUCUGGAAGUGUUUUUUAUCAAUGUCUCUCUCUCUCUCUCUCUCGCUCUCUCUGUGAGGGAUUUGAGAAGGGUCACACUUGGUCAAUGAGGAAAAAAAUAUUAUCAUGCCGAGCACAAAUCCCCUUUUUUGUUUUUACUACUGAUUUUAUUUUUGCAUCAUCUCAUGACUUUGCCUAUAUCUAUGUGGGUUAGUAGUCACGUUUUGUGUUGACAGAUGGUACCAGUUAUGACUUGUUUUGUAUUUAAUGGGAUGACUCAUAAAUUAAAUGGUGGCUUAACACUUGUAUCUGUAGUGAUUUAGUCUUGAAUUUAAAAGUUUAAUUGGCUUAAGUGCAUAGAGAAAUAUGUAUUUAUAUAUGGAGAAAAUGUAAUUUAUUUUUUAAAGUAAUUUAGGAGUGAAUUAUUUUGACUUUUCAAAGCAAGGAAAGAGCCUACGAGAAGAUUUUUAUUCCUAAAUAGAAAUAAUCCAGGCGUUUGCCAGCACUGACUCACUGUCUGCACUGUCUUAGAGGUAAAGUACAGGUGAAUCCCAAACCAGCCCCUUGCCUCUACCAACUCACUUGAGUUGUCACGUGUUGUUGAAGAAACUCCUAGGGGGACUUCCAGAGUGGAGAGGUGAUAAAAUAAGCCCAUCAACUUCGGUACACACUCCUCACUUGAAUGGUGCAAUUCAUGUUUCACAUUUAAAUAAUAAUAUGAGCAUGAAAUUCUAAUUAACUAAUUCCCCUUCUCGUUUUAGCAGAUAUAAACCUCAGUAACAGUUAACAGAUUAUAUUUAAUUUGUGAGGUAAUUUAUUUGGUAUUUGCUCGAAAUAAGACACAAACAAAUGCACAUUGCAUAUAGUUAGGCACGCCUCUCCAUUCUUUUGUAUGAAAUUGCGCAAACUCCAAACAUCUUGUGCUGCGUGUUGGGAUAGCACUUCGCGCUGGAGCCGGCAGCCUGGCUGGCUCGGUCAAAGUGGGGUCUAAUUAGCCCCUAGACCCUCAAUCAUUUUUUGGACAUUUGUGCAUAUGGCGGAGGCGUGCGUGAACGUGCAAAUGGUAGGGCAGAGGGGAAAGGACUGGUUUUGGAUUCAGCAUAUGAGUGGCCAGUGACUCUUAACUGGAAGGACCAAAUAUCCCGUGGGUUUUCCAGGCCACCCCCAAGAUAAUGUUUUUUCCCUAAUCCCUGCCUUGAAUUGACCAAUGAACAGGUGUUUGAACCCAACACCCACCCAGCCAUUAUCCAGAACUUGCCUUACAUCCCGCAGGUUCACAUUUGGGAUGCAAGCCCCAAUACGUUCACAGUUCACACUGCACCAAAAGCCCUGCCUUCUGUCUAAACCAAAGGUUGUCAGUGAGUGGAGCUACAGUUCAGUACAAGCCUCUCCUACCCUUCACUCAGGCCCUUCCCAUGUUACUUUGCACUAAUCCAUGUUCCGUUACGAGAUUGACUGUGUCCUUAGUGCUGAAACUGCUACUAAUUUGUCAUCAUCGAAGUCACACUGUGUAUUAAUCCGCGUGUGUUUGCUUAGAUCAGAGGGAAUCAAAGUUUGGUAUCACAAUUCCUGGGAAAGCUUCCUGUCUGAUCAACAUAUAUGCACACACACACACACACACACACACACACACACACACACACACACACACACACACACACACACACACACACACACACACAUACAGAAAAGCCUGCUUCUGAGAUGUAUCUUGAUGUAGAGUUCACCAGCCAUAUAACAAUCUCUUACACGCUCGAUUCCUUUAUGUCCAAUCAAAGAUGUGAAAGAUUUGUCUUGCAUGGCCUGUUGUCCCUGCCUGUCUCGGGGGACUCAGUGUCCAACGGGCGGCAGGUAGCCAAGCGUUUAAGAGCGUUGGUCGUUGGUUCGAAUCCCCUAGCUGGCAAAAACUCUGCCAUUCUGCCCUUGAGCAAGUCAGUUAACUCCCAACAAUAACUGCUCCCUGGGCGCCGAUGACGUCGAUUAAGGCAUCCCCCCGCACCUCUCUAAUUCAGAGGGGUUGGGUUAAAUGUGGAAGACACAUUUCAGUUGAAUGCAUUCAGUUGUGCAACUGACUAGGUGUCCCCUUUCCAUGAAAAGUAGGACAACAUUAUUGUUAUUUUUUAAAUGUAAUUUAUUUCUUGUGAAAUUCUGUUAAUUGCUAACAAAUGGAUGUACCAAAAAGGGGAUGGAAGGGGUGUAAAAUGUCACAUUCAACUCAUUCCCUGGUGUAAAAAACUCUGAAUUCUAAGUUUCUUAUGUGCAUAUGUUACAAGUUUUAGCAUGGAGUUUGUGGGAAUUCUUGGAAAGGAUAUUCUUAGCACAGAGUGUUUGUAUAAUUUAACAUGGACCUGUGUAAUAUAAAAACCUAU